ACAGACUUUGUGCAUGAUCUUACCGAUAAUGCGUCCUCUAUUGAACCGACUUCGCUUGCAAACGGGCCGAAUCGCGCUCAUGGCCAUUCCCGCGACUGCAGCCGCGCAUUUUUCCUCCUCAUCCAAGCUGGACGGCAAAGCAUCAUCGGAGCCGCAGCAUUUUGACUAUUUGGUGAUUGGGGGGGGGAGCGGCGGGGUGGCAUCCGCCCGUCGUGCGGCCGCCUACGGUGCCAAAGUCGCCUUGGUAGAGUACAAGGCGCUGGGAGGGACGUGUGUGAACGUGGGCUGUGUGCCCAAGAAAGUCAUGUUCAACACGGCAAUUCUCGCGGAGCAGAUGCAGGAAGCUGGCCACUUUGGCUUCUACAGGCGGGGGCCUUUGACGGGGGCGGAGACAGGGAAGAAGGACGCAGUGACGGAGACGUUUGGAUUCGACUGGAAGACGAUCAAGGAGGCGCGGGAUGCCUACGUGCGUCGCUUGAACGGGAUAUAUGCCACGUUGUUGCGGAACAGCACGGUGGAGGUGCUGGAGGGAGCCGCCCGUUUCACGGGGCCCCGACGUGUGCAGGUUGGGGAGAAAGAGUAUACAGCCGACCACAUACUGAUCGCCACGGGGGGAAAGCCGGUGAUGCCUAAAAUGCCGGGGGUGGAGCACUGCAUCCAUUCGGACGGGUUCUUCGCGCUGGAGGAACUUCCCAAACGGGUGGCCGUGGUGGGCGCAGGCUACAUCGCCGUGGAGCUGGCGGGGAUUUUCAAUUCCUUGGGGGCGGACACGAACUUGUUCGUCCGGUACGAUGGUCCAUUGAGGCCUUUCGACCAAUUAUUGCGCGAAACCCUCAUGCAGGAGAUGGACCACGCAGGCUUGCACUUGCACAAGCACAGCACCCCGGCAGGGGUCCAGAAGGACGAAAAAACGGGGAAACUAUCCGUCACUCUCACGAACGGGCAGGAGCACAAGGACUUCGACGUGGUCCUCCUGGCCAUUGGCCGGAGCCCCGAGACAGAGACCUUGGGGUUGGAGGCGGGGGGCAUCGCGACCGUGGAGAAGAAAGGCUAUAUCCAGGCAGACGCGCAACAGAAUACGUCCAUGCCCGGGGUCUAUGCCUUGGGAGACGUGUGCGGGAAAGUGGAGUUGACUCCCAUGGCCAUCGCGGCGGGGCGACGUUUGGCAGAUCGCCUCUUCGGUGGGCUGGAUGGCGCGCAGGCAGAUUAUGCCAACGUGCCGACUGUCAUUUUCUCGCAUCCCCCCAUUGGCACGGUCGGACUCACGGAGGCCGAAGCCCGGGAGCAAUACGAUGCCAAGGAUUUGAAAAUCUACACCUCCCGCUUCGUCAAUUUGUUUUAUGGGCCCUGGCCUGUCCCGCCCGAGGCGAAGCCCAAGACGGCGAUGAAGCUCAUCUGCGUCGGCCCCGAAGAGAGGGUGGUGGGGCUGCACGUGAUUGGCAUGGGUGCAGACGAGAUGCUGCAAGGCUUCGCGGUGGCCUUGAAGAAAGGGUGCACCAAGGCAGAUUUCGAUGCGGCCUUGGCGAUCCACCCCACUGCGGCGGAAGAAUUCGUCACUUUAGCUCCGUGGGGUCUGAGCGGGAAGAAAGGGGAAAAGGCGCGGGCCAAAUUGUAAGGAGGUCCACCAAACAGUGCGAGCAUUAGAAAAUGGUGGAGAAACAUUGGAAUGGGAGGGCGAGGUCGAUGAAGAAAGAGAAUCUUGGAGGAGAAAUGAAGCACAGGUAAUAGUGCGACAAGACCUACAGGCGUUCUCUGAAAUUAUCGACUCACUCGCAAACGGCACUGCUUCGACACGCAUUUGGAGUAAGCAGGCCGUGCUGUGGGUUGGAUGUUUUUGUAGUUUUCUCCCGUCAGUGGAAGAAUCUAAGAUUCAGCAGGGGAAAUUUGGGUGGUUUUUGUGGGUGGACAAGGCUGCCAAGGGGGAAGGAAGGGCGGAAGAGCUUUGCGAAAGUUUCAAACUUUUACCGUGACAAAUGAUUAAAGGC